AUGGGGCUAGCAGUGACAGAGCGAUGUCUCCUGAGUCCUGGCAGGAGUCUGGAGUCUCUGCGUGCGCCUGGAUUAACGAGGUUGGCACUGUCCAGUAGUGGCUCUCCUGCGGGAGGGGGUGGGGUGCUCUUCGUGCCGGCGACCUCGCUCAGGGACAGCACACGAAGGGCUUUGGGGGGGGGGGGAAGAGAAGCCCGGCCGGGGGCGGCGCCGGAGGUCACGCUGGGAGAGCCCGGGACACCGCCGGCUGCCAGCAGGGCGCCGGGGCGCGCGCGCGCGCGGGGCGAGGCGGGGCGAUCCGGGGGCGGGGCGCGGCGGGGGCGGGCCGGGGGCGGCGCGGCGUCGGGGACCCGUGGCGGCGGCGAGAUCGCGCCAGCCCCGCCGCGAUGCCCCCCGCGCCUAGGACGCCUCCUCCCGCCGCGGCCCGGGCUGCGGGCCCUGGCCGCGCUGCUGCUGCUGCUGGGCGCCGGCGGGGCGCGCAGGGGCGUCCGCGCGCAGGAGCCGGCGGCCGGCGGCGGGGACGGGCCGGACCCGCACGCCAAGCACCUGUACACCGGCGACAUGUUCGCGCACGGGAUCCGGAGCGCCGCGCACUUCGUCAUGUUCUUCGCGCCCUGGUGUGGACACUGCCAGCGGCUGCAGGCGACGUGGAAUGACCUGGGAGACAAGUACAACAGCAUGGAGCAUGCCAAGGUCUACGUGGCCAAGGUGGACUGCACAGCCGACUCGGACGUGUGCUCCGCGCAGGGCGUGCGAGGGUACCCCACCCUGAAGUUUUUUAAGCCUGGCCAAGAAGCAGUGAAGUACCAGGGUCCUCGGGACUUCCAGACACUGGAAACCUGGAUGCUGCAGGCACUGAAUGAGGAGCCGGCGACACCAGAGCCAGAGACAGAACCCCCCAGAGCUCCCGAACUCAAGCAGGGCCUGUAUGAGCUCUCAGCCACCAACUUCGAGCUGCAUGUCUCACAAGGCGACCACUUUAUCAAGUUCUUUGCUCCGUGGUGUGGCCACUGCAAAGCUCUGGCUCCGACCUGGGAACAGCUGGCUCUGGGCCUUGAACAUUCCGAAACUGUCAAGAUUGGCAAGGUUGACUGUACCCAGCACUACGGACUCUGCUCGGAGAACCAGGUUCGGGGCUAUCCAACUCUGCUCUGGUUUAGAGAUGGGAAGAAGGUGGACCAGUACAAGGGCAAGCGCGACCUGGACUCGCUGAGAGACUACGUGGAGUCGCAGCUGCGGGGUCCAGAGGCCGGAGCCACGGAGACCAUCGAGCCGUCAGGGGCCCCGGUGCUGGCUGCCGAGCCCGCGGGUGACAAGGGCGCUGUGCUGGCCCUCACUGAAAAGAACUUCGAUGAGGCCAUCGCAGAGGGACUGACCUUCGUCAAGUUUUACGCCCCGUGGUGUGGCCACUGUAAGAACCUGGCUCCUACCUGGGAGGAGCUCUCCAAAAAGGAAUUCCCUGGCCUAGCAGACGUCAAGAUUGCCGAAGUCGAUUGCACUACUGAGCGGGAUAUCUGCAGCAAGUACUCGGUUCGGGGCUACCCCACGCUGCUGCUUUUCCGUGGAGGCGAGCGAGUGAGCGAGCACAGCGGGGGCCGGGACCUCGCCUCCCUGCACGGCUUCGUUCUGCGCCAGGCGAGGGAUGAGCUGUAGGGUCCGCGUGCUCGCGGGUGCCCGGGCCGCCGCGUUACCCAGAAAGCCAAAUGUACCGCCCUGUGCCACGCUCUCCGUGUCUGCGAUUCCGCAUUGUUUCUCCACGUAAACCCGCCCCUCGCGGUCACCUUGCAGACCAGGCAUCUUCGCGGGCUGUCCAUCCCUAACCCUUCUCUUGACAAAUUAAAUCUUCGGCUUCCUUUGAGUACAGUAUAGUCAAGAGAACUCAAGUUUCUGGAUUGUUUUUGGUUCCCGAGUGAUUCUGGUCAAAGCCUCAUCACUCUAAAGCAUAUUUUCUGAACUGCCUCUGAAUUCUGCCAUGGUGGUCUCUGGCUCCUGUGGUGUUCCUCUGACCCAAAGCUCACAGUUGACUCAGUGGUGUGGUCCAUCAUGGCUUGGAACAAAUUUCCAAACACAGGUCCACACGAAGACCUCUUGUCGGCCAGCGGCAGCCGUGGACCCCGCUCGGCCGGUGCUUCCCCCCCCCCCGCCCCUCCCCCCCCCCCCCCAGCUGGGCGCGCUGUGGCCAUCGGCUGGCCCGCGUGCUUAGGCUUGUCCCACCAGCCAAGGCUGCGCCUGUCCGACCACAUAGGGUGAAAGAUCUUAUAAGCGCAUCGUGUGAAUGUGGAGCCUGAUGCCCCAUGAGCAUUAAAAUGUCUUCCACAGAAAGUAUGGGUCGGCAAAGAUCCCCAAGGUGGUCCCUCACCAUUCUGUCCACACACAAAAGAUUCUUUGUCACUUCAGGUAAAGCAGCCAGGUGGGCCUUCCGAGGCCUGGGUUCCAGGGAGACUCUGCGGCUGUACUCUGGGACCCCGCUACUAGGACUGACCCUGAUUCUGUUCCUACGUAGUCCUUUCAGAAGCACGCGGUAUGUUGUCUGCCUCUAAGGAGGCCGGCCUUCUAGUAUGUGGCCAGCGGGGUUCAUUUGACGAAGACCAAAGACUCCCAUUAGCAGGGCUGCCCCUGCUCGGCUGCGCACCGCAGGCUGGAUGCUCGCCCCUUCCUGUGCCUGUCAUUAAACACUGGUCGUCGCCUUUGAAAGUCAGCAGCUGUGGGAACAAACUCCAGACCCGUAUCUGACUGUCCUUUGCCAUGGAGUUACUUGUCCUAAUAACUCUGUGCCCAGUACCCUCCACCCACCUCCCAUGCACCUGGUCCACAGCAGGGUAGGAAGCUUGAAAACAAGACUACUUCGACUUUCUGGGCAGAAAGAACAGAGGCAUCUUGGCCAGCCCCUGCCUUAGUAAAGGAAAUUUUAUUCAGCAUAUGUGACUCACAGGUGUCCUUUUAUAAAAAAAAAAAAGAAAACAAAAACCACUUUCUAGA